AUGGCAUCGUUAUCGCGAUCGAUACUCGCAUUAUUCAACAGGUUCAAAAAAAUCCUACAAGAAACUCGCGUCUACGCGAGCAAGUUCAAAAACAAGCUCAAAAACAAGUCCACGAGCGAAUCCGAGCCGAAGAGCAAACGUCUGCUCGAGCGGUACGAGGAGAAGCUAGUGAAGUACUACCUGAAAAAAUUCCCUACCCUAUUCCACAUCUGCUAUGACCCCGUCGGUACACACCGCAAAGCGCGAACGGCCUUUGGAUUCCUCCUGGGCUCGGUUUUGGGACUUUUCCUCUACACCUUUAUCAUCAAGGAUCUGCAAUUAAACCCGUACACCAGCCUAAUCUGCGGGACCGCGUUCACCGCCGGACUGUCCCUCGGAUGCGCAUUGUCUCUUCACUUCCGAUGCGUCUGUCUGCUGACUAUUCCGGGCUUCUUCGGCCGAGCCGGUCGCAGCGUUCUGAAGGCCCUGGUGCUCGGCUACAUAAUCGCAGGACCGGUCUUCAACCUGACCUACAACGCCAAAGAGGUCAUGCGCAGUUUUGCCUGCAGCGGCCAGCUCACCUUCAACCUGACCAAGACCAAGUACGACCUGAUGUUCAGGCCGUUCCACCAGGCCGUGACGAACAUGCAAGAGAGCGCGGGCGAGAUAAAGCGAACGCUGUCGUCGGUGGGCGAGAUGAUCGAGCCGAUCUCCCGGGAAAUCGAGGACGAGGACGAGCUCGAGAAGCUCGAGGAGGAGAACGAUCGGCUGGACGAGCUCCAGGGGGAGAGCGACAGACGCAGCCAGGAGAUCCGAGAUAAGGCGGACAAAGAGAUCGAGCAAGCCGAGACCGAGGCCGAGUACUACGAAGCCAAGUAUCGCGAGAAAAUCACGGCCCGCUGCGAGCAGCAGCUCAGCCACGGCUCCGAGAGAUGCAGAGAGUCGUUCGGCAAGGCGUACGACCAGUGCUACGAGACGGUCACCUGGAUCGCCGCCUGGAUGCUGUGCUGGCCCAUGAAGCUCACCUUCGUGUGCAACCUGGUGCAGGCACUCGGCGGCAGGAAGAUCUGCAAUCCCGACGGGAAGAUCGACGUCGGGAUCGGCGAAGGAUACGCCAGCCUUUUAGAAACGCGGGACAAGCUGAACGAGAGCCUGAAGGACGUCAAGGUCAACGUGAAAAUGAGCCCGAAGCAAGUGAUGGUCGGUGUGAGCGACGCUGCUCGCGUCGCCGCGGGGGUGAUGCGCGACUUCGAGGCCCGCAAGCGAUUCUUCGACGGCCUCGUGACCUUCAUAAAGCGCUGCCUCUCGGUCAUCUUCGUAAAGAUCCUGCUCGACGCCUCGAGGUACCAGUACAGGUACCUUCGCGACAUCGAGCACGACAACGUCUACAUGACGGCCUACUUCCGGAAGAUCGACGCCAGACGGAAAGCUCGGGGUAGUCUGACGCUGCUGCCGCUGAAGAAGCUCGAGAGGACCAAGCUCAUCGAUCCUUACGCCUGGGAGCAGAGCAGGACGGAGCGCAGGAACUUGUUCGGGCAGACGGCCAAGCUUCUGCUGGAAGUCAUCACCGCCUCGAUGUUCGUCAUUCUGGACAGACUGCUCUUCGAGAUUCUCGACGUCGUAAGGAGUCACGCGCGCCUCGAAAUCACCCAAGAAGGUCACCACGACAUGUCGCUCGAGAUCCUCGGGGCCGGAGUGGUAGCCAAGAUGGUCCGCGGAUUAGUCAAGGGCUUCAACGUGAAGCGUCGCAUCAAGAACUUCGUCACCAACGAAGCCUGUCUUCCUCGAGCGAGUCGUCUUCCCGGUUCCAUCCUCUUCCGCAUCUACGGCAGUUACCUGGCUGUCUGGCUGAUGCUCCUCUGCCAGGCUUACAGCCAACGUCUCCGUCGCUCCAUCUCAGCCUUCUUCUACCGCAAACGCGAGAAGCGCCGCGUGCUCUACCUCUACAACGAGACGCUGCGCCGUCGCCUAGGCUUCCUGCGAUUCGCGCGAGCUCGAGUGGCUAAACUCGCUCGGGCGCACCAGCUCGAGCCCGAGUCCAGGCCUUUCCUCACGGCCAGGCUCAGGUGGCCCAAGUACUUCUCAUGGCUGCAGAGGUUCGCCUGCUCCAGGCGCCGAUGCGUCGUCUGCGGGGAAACCGAGCCCAGAAGUGGUCCGGAACACAGGCUGUGCCAGACGCCGGAGUGCUUCGCCGUCUACUGCGAGGAGUGCUGGACCGACGUAGGACAGGUCUGUCUCGCUUGCGAUCGGCUGCAGGACAGCUCCGCAGCCGAGGAAACGGCCGUCGAGACCGAGUACGACGAGGACGACGACUGA